CUGGUAGUGUGGUCAUGACUCAUUUCUUCUUUAUUUCUAGUAAGUGAGCCAAUUCAGUGCUCUACACACAGUUCAAUGUGUUUCCCGAGCCCAACUCGUAGCCCACACUGCACCCAGCAAUGCCACCUUUCUUCUGGGCUGUGCUGUGGUCAGCGAUUCUUCCUCUGGCUCUCUCUGGUCCAGAUCGGUGUAACGUCAGCGUGAGCAGCAGCGCACGGGUAGCAGCGUCUCCAUUGCUGAAGUCCUUACAGUGCCAUAAUGACUACUACUCCUUUAUCCACUGCAGCUGGAGGGAACUCACAAACACACGACUGCAGCUUUGGCUGCAGACAGAAAACAGAUCGUUAUGCAAGCCGUACAGUCCACCAGGCCCAGGUGAGCCCGGCAUUGCCCACUGUAGAUUUGAAGCUAGUGUUUUUGCAGUUGGCUCCCAACACACCGUCUUCUUCCUCAAGGAGGAGCCAGUGACCAUCUGCUCGUCUGCUCCGCACAAGCCCCUGCAUCUUUCUCAGCUCUUGAGAGCACGCACACCGGUGGCCCUGUCCUCACGUGACGCAGGUGACGGAGGCCGGCUGCUCAGCUGGUCCAGUCCCUACCCGUCCUCCUCCGCCUUGAACAAAAACCUCACGUACCAGCUCAGCUACAAGACAGACAGACAUGACAAAUGGACCACUGAGGACAUCAUGAACACCAGUGUGAAACUGGAGAAGCAGCUAUUGCUUCCGGGUCACAGGUAUGAAGCCAAGGUGCGGGCCCGAGUCAGCGUGGGCCAGUGGAGCGAGUGGAGUCCUAUGGUGACCUGGCAGACUGAACAAGACACUGGGCAAUUUCCCAAUUUGCACUGUGUGUUGGAUGGAGAGACGGUGGUGAUAUGUAGCUGGGAGGUGAGCAGAGAGCUGGAUCACUUCAUUGCCUACCAGCUGGCAUGUCGCAGCCAGCCUGCAGCUAAGCCUGAGAUAUGCUGCAAGAAACCAAACGUCAAUUCUGACCCCGGUGGGCCCAUGGUGAAGUACAACUGUUCGCUGCCUGUUGCAGACCCUGCACAGCUGCUGGAGCUCAUACCAACACACAGUGCCAAGAGUUUUGAGGCCUACCACCGCAUCCGUCCUACACCACCACUGCAGGUAAAGGUGACGGAGAAAGGCAGCAACUGGGUUGUGAAAUGGAUUGCACCCCCCAUAGCUUCAGAAGUGGAGCUGAGUUAUCAGGUCAGCUAUUACAUGACUCAGGAUCCGGGAUCUUCUAAACUGCUAAACAUUUCACUGGGGUCCACAUCCCUGACCAUCCUGGGAAUGUCUCUGGCCCCAUCCCAGCAUUACCAGGUCAAAGUCAGAGCGCUGGUCAGUGAACGUUCGCUCUACAAGGGAAUCCCCUCUGAAUGGACCAAUCCUGUGGACUGGACCUCACAUGCAGCCACCUGGUCCUUCACCACCCUGAUAUAUGUCUUCACUGGUUUGUUUGUGGGCUCAGUUUUCCUCAUACUCUACUGUACCAUUCCAGCUUGUAAAAGGAGGGUGUACCUGUGGGUGGACUCAAUUCCUUCUCCAAGCAAAAGCAAAAUCCUGUCUGAGUUCAAGUUUACCAUCAGUCAGACUCUAAUACAGAGUGAGGACACUUCCAGCUGCAAGGUGCUCCGCUUCGACUCCAUAUCUACAUGCACCUCAGACUCCUCCCUAUGGUCAACCAAGGACACUGACCAAAAGUGUUUGGAGCAGGAAAAGGGCAACUGGAUCUGUGACAACCUGCCCACCUUUUCAGAGAAGGUUAAGACCUUGGACAGAACUUCUGUCAACUUCAGCGGGCCAUACAUCUUCUGUCAGGCAUCCGAGUCCAAACACACACCAGUGGGUAUCCAGUGUGAAGACAAAGAGAAAGAAGAAAACAUCUCACCCAGCGACUCUUUAUCUCCAGUGCAUGUGGGUCUUUACAGAGAUGAUUACAUGUGUCUGCCCGGCCCCCCCAUGUCCAGGUCCACACAGGAUCUCGUAUCUCAUGGUGAUGCCAGCACAAACACACACAGCCACCACAUCGCUGAGCUGGACCAACAGUGUCCAGACACCACACCGUGGCCAGAAAAGCCUGGCCUCGGCGAUCCCACCGCCAGGGACCAACCUCCAGCUUACACCUGCGGACCUUUCACCUCUUGGCCUCAAGGGGGCAACAUACAUGCCUCGGGGUACUGCCACCUCCCCCCGUCUUAAAGAGCAGCCUGCAGUAUGCAAAGGAAGAGCACAUCAAGGAGGAUCCAUCAAGCUUUUUAAGCAGAUAUGACAGUUAAUCAAGCAGUGAAUUCUUGUUUUUUGUAUAAGCGUUCUAUUUUAUUUCAAGCUCCUCCUUCCAUGUGGGAAAAAAACUACACACCUGUGUACCUGGAGGAGGGCAGUGAUGAAUCCAUGAAAUGAUGGACUGCAGUAUGGCACACACAUAAGUUCUAUCUCUAGAUUUCUUUUCAGAAGCACGAUUAAAUAACAAGAUCCUCUUGUCAUCUUAUAUAAUCCAAUACAAUUGCCCUGCAAGAAUGUUUGUGAUGCUCAAAAUGUGUCAUUUUCACUGAGCCUGAGAUUCAGUCUUCUCAUUAAAUUAUGAUAAUUUACUCAUUCUGUGUAGUUUCCCCACACAUGGUAAAUGGACUGUAUUUAAUCUAACCACGGACUCUUAAGAACAGUGCUGACAUCAAGCCUUGUAUGACUUUCUUUCUCACAGCUGAGGUAAGAAGUGAAUUAUGUAAACAGCAUUUCAUGGGAAAAGCAUGUACAUCUUCUGCCUGCUGGUGUUCGCUGUGUCGUGUACAGUAUGCAUGUUUGCACAAAGGUGUGUGAGUUGAGACCUUUUUGUCAAUGUUGUAGCCCAAGUGUUGGUGAAUGUACCAUAUGUUAUUUACUUCACAUUGUGCUGAUACUGCUGUGGUGGAUCACACCAGUGGUGUCACUGUGUGUAGGUUUUCUGAGGCCUGCAAAGACAUGAUAGAGAAAACAUGUUAAAGCUACCUGUGAAACAGGAGCCUUGUCUUCAGGAAUGUAAUAUCUAAACAAUGCAAAUACUGCACCUUGCCUAUGCGUAAGCUUUACC